AUGGCGACCGAAUCGUAUAAAACUACUCUUUUGCCUCUGCUUCUCGAGGCUUCGGUCUUGUCAUUCGGCACAUAUACCCUCAAAUCCGGCAGAGUAUCACCUUAUUUCUUCACAUCCUCACUCUUGCACACAUCUACCCUGCUGGGUGCGCUCGCCCGUUCCUACGCCUCAGUAUUGACCUCUCCUCCGUUCUCCCUCCCACUCGGAAAAGAUGAAGCCGGCUCAGAAGCAGAGGUCCCGUUGUCUCCUCAGUUUGACAUUCUAUUCGGCCCUGCGUACAAAGGCAUUCCUCUGAGUGCCGUCGUGACACGGGAACUCGAAUUCAGUGGAAAGCAGUUUGCAGGAGUGUCCUAUGCGUUCAACAGAAAAGAAGCCAAAGAUCACGGGGAAGGCGGCACAAUCGUGGGCGCACCACUCAACGGCAAGCGCGUGGUGAUUCUCGACGAUGUCAUGACAGCGGGAACUGCGAUGCGAGAAGCGGUAUCAAUCAUCAAGGCACAGGGCGGGAUCGUUGUCGGAGUAGUUCUUCUGUUGACCAGACAAGAGAGGGUGAGUGAUAGUGAACCAAGGAGCGCCAUGAAAGUCGCAGAGGAUGAGCUGGGCAUUCCAGUUCGCGCCGUGCUGAAGUUCGAAGACUUGAUUGAGGCUAUUGAGGCUGGACAGCUACAAGGUGCUGGCCCUGAACAACUUGAGCAGAUGAAGAUCUACCGCGAGAAAUACGGAAGUAAGGAUUGA